AUGGCAGCAUCACCGCCAUCGCAGCUUCAUCCCACUUUAUCUAUCUUACUACUAUUACUCCUACUCCUCCGCCUGUCUCUCCUCCAUGCCACACCGGCGCCACCCAACAACCACCCUGACCUCGCCCCAUUACUCUCUUUCAAAUCAUCCGCCGACGUCUCCAAUAAACUUUCUUCAUGGAACAACUCAUCGGACCCAUGUAACAACUCCUCCACCUUCUAUGGCGUCUCAUGCCUCCAUAACCGAGUCACGUCACUCGUUCUUGAAGGACUCGAUCUACAAGGCCGUUUCGACUCACUCGCCUCUCUCGUAAAACUCCGUCUCCUCUCUCUGAAACGUAACCGCCUCGUCGGCCCCAUUCCUGAUCUUUCCAACCUCACCUCUCUCAGACUUGUUUUUCUUUCUUACAAUCAAAUCUCCGGCGAGUUCCCGACGUCGUUGCCCUCUUUAUUCCGUCUCGAUCUGUCGUAUAACAACAUCUCCGGCGAUAUCCCGCCCUCGCUCAAUCGUUUAACGCAAUUGUUGACUUUACGUCUAGAGGAAAAUCAGUUUUCUGGAGCGAUUCAGUUUCUGAAUUUACCGAACUUACGGGACUUAAAUAUGUCCACGAACAACAUUUCUGGCGAAAUACCGGCCAGUCUAUCGGGAUUCCCGGAAUCAGUAUUUUCAAACAACCCGGUUUUAUGUGGGUUCCCACUUCCCAAAUGCACCAGACCGGAAAUACCUUCGCCGGUUGUGUCAUCUUCCCCGACCUCCCUGCCUUCGACGGCGGCGGUGCCUGAUAAAAGAAAGUCCGGUAAUCAUCACGGUGGUGGGAAGAUAAAUACCGUUGUCGUGGUGGCGAUAAUAAUCGGAGAUGUUUUGGUAUUGGGACUAGUUUCAUUACUUCUCUACUGCUACUUCUGUGAGAACUCGGCCCGAAAAUCAAUAAACGAGAAGACGGAGGUUCUUCAAGAGGGGAAGAGAGUGUACACGCCGACUCCGGCGACAGCGAAUUCGAGCUUCGAGAAGGGUAGAAUGGUGUUUUUUGACGGAACGAGGAGGUUUGAGUUGGAGGAUUUGUUGAGAGCGUCGGCGGAGAUGUUGGGUAAAGGUGGGUUGGGGACGGCGUACAAGGCGGUGUUGGAUGACGGCAAUGUGGUGGCGGUGAAGCGACUGAAGGAGGUGAUUGGUGGUAAGCGAGAGUUUGAAUCACAGAUGGAGGUUUUAGGGAGGUUACGGCACCCUAACGUCGUUAGUUUGAAGGCAUAUUAUUUUGCAAAAGAUGAGAAAUUACUCGUCUACGACUACAUGACUAACGGCAAUUUGUUCUGGCUUCUUCACGGAAAUAGAGGACCCGGAAGAACACCAUUGGAUUGGCCAACAAGACUAAAGAUAGCAAGCGGAGCAGGCAGAGGCCUAGCCUUUAUUCACACUUCCGGCAACACCCUUAAACUCACACACGGCAACAUCAAAUCCACAAACAUCCUUAUCGAUAAAUCCGGCAACGCAUGCGUCUCCGACAUUGGGCUCUCCGCCUUUACCCCCACAACAGCCUCCACGCGGUCCAUCGGCUACCGUGCACCUGAAUUAUCAUCGGCAACCAAUCGUAAGUCCACUCAGAAAUCCGACAUCUACUCUUUUGGAAUUCUAUUGUUGGAGCUUCUCACCGGUAAAUGCCCGUCCAUCAUGGACGAUGGUGGGGUUGUGGACCUGCCACGGUGGGUUCAAUCGGUGGUGAGAGAAGAAUGGACGGCGGAGGUGUUUGAUUUGGAGUUGAUGAGUUUCAAGGAUAUCGAAGAAGAAAUGGUGGGGUUGUUGCACAUCGCUUUAUCAUGUACCUCGGUUGCGCCAGAUCAACGACCCGAGAUGGGCCAUGUCGUGAAAAUGAUUCACGACAUAGAGGGGGUCGAUAUUUCACCAAGCCAUGACAUGCCCGACUCCACCUCUAAUUCUCCUUCAGUUAUCGGAGCAUGACAAACCAAUCCAUAGCGUUUCCUUCUUGUCAUUUUUAUGUUUCAGCACGUACUUUAAUCAAAUCAUCAUCUUAUUGAUUUAUUGUAAAUCAUACGUAACCUGUUUACUUUAAGUACGACAUUUUGUUGUAACGAUUGUAUGGUAUUAUUUCAUAUUUUCGAACAAAUGCAAGUAGUUUUAGGUCGAUUUUUAAAGCGACAUGGGCUAAAUCAAGAACU